UUGACUAUAUUCUACUAUCCUCUACUACCUCAGUCUAAACUCUACCAAAACUCUAUCAAAAUGUCCGACUCUGCCUCUUUCACCUCCGGCCCCUCUCCGGCCGCCUCUACCCACCACGGCUACAAAAAGUCCCUCUCCAGCAGGGCAGACCCCAACACCGCUCUCAACGAGCACCAACCCAUGGCCAACAUUGGCUCCGUAUCAACCUUCUCCCUCCGCUCCAUCCAACACACGGACCAUGAGGGGCGACUUAUCACCGAACCUGACCUCUCAAACCCCACCCGCCACCGCUUCGAGCGCCCACUAGACACCAUUCGGAACUUUGAGGCUGCGAUUGACAGAAAUCGCAGGGAUUAUUAGGUUGAUGCGCGUGUACUAUACGGGAUAUGGGUACGGUGUUGAUAUAUAUGGAUGCAUAUUGUAUAUUUGAUGGUAUAUGAGUCGGCUGAACUGUUUAUAGCGGGCGUUUUGGAUGGAAAUCAUGAAUUUAUCUUUUUUGACUUGG